CACUUGUAUUGAUUGUGUGCAUUGCGCUCAACAUUGCAGGGCACAUUCUCUUUGGUCCUUAUGGCCGUGGUCGACAGCAACUGCAAGUACACCCUCAUUGAUGUGGGAGCUGAGGGUCGCCUCAGUGAUGGUGGCACAUUCAAAAAUUCCGAGUUUGAACGUGCCCUCACUCAAGGAGACUUGGACAUACCAUCAACCAGUCUGCUUCCUGGCUGUGGAACAAAUGCACCAUAUGCCUUCGUAGGCGAUGAGGCUUUUCAGAUUCGCAAGGAUUUACUUCGUCCUUAUCCAGCCAGACAGCUUGACGAUGAAAAGCGGGUUUUCAACUAUAGGCUAAUCCGAGCAAGGCGUUGUGCAGAGAACGCAUUUGGAAUUACAGCAGCCAGAUGGAGAAUUUUGCUCCGUACCAUCCCCCUGCGACCGAAGAAUGUGGACUUUAUUAUCAAGGCUGCUUGUAUCCUGCACAAUUUUCUCACCGUCCACAACCCACAGUCACACAAGUUUGCCGAUGCAGAGGACAGCUUUGGCAAUCUCAUCACAGGGCAGUGGCGACAAGGUGUGCCAGAAGCAUCGGCAAACAGCUCGGAGCCGCACUUCUUCCCAGUCAAGGCAACACAUUGCAGGAACUACCUCAGUGAUGCGGCAGCUGCCAGGAAUAUUUUCGCAGCAUACUUCUGUAGCAGUGCUGGGGAGGUUCCUUGGCAAUGGAAUCUGCCUGGGGUAUCAAAAGAAGCGGCUGUCAAGCGGCUACAGGAGCAGAUACUUCCGACAAUUCACUGAUGGUGAGCUGUGAAAUUUACCAGGGCGAAGCCUCAUGCCACUGCUUAUUGGUUCAUGAUAAAAAAAAAAACCUAUUCGUUAGAUUUACAUCACACCUG